UCUCCUCCUCCUCCUCCUGUAUGAAUAGAGUGAGCAGGAAGCAGUCUAGGAACAUUCAGCUGGAGUUGCCUGUGCUGCUUUGCUCUAAAUGCUCACAACAGAUCCUUGUCUGGGGCCAGAGGGCAGCAGGCCAUGUGCAAACACACAGACAGAGAGAUAAUGGUGCCCAGCUACUCUUAGAAACCAAGGAGAGAUUUGCUGUCUAUGUUUUUAUUGCUUGGCAUUCUCUGUCUUUGCUGAAAUAGAGCACUAGGACUUGUGUUGGCUCCUCAAUAGCUUCCAGGUUUUUGGAUCACCUCAUCCCUUUUCAUCAAACAUGGGGUGCUCCUCAUCCAGUGCACAGACUGUGGAUCAAGAGAAAAGGCCAGGUACAAAGCCAGAGGAGAGCAAUGGAGACACAGCAGGGGUCAGAAAUGGUAUCAUCGCAGAAGAUGCACAAACCAUCGAGGACCAGAUGCAGCUGCCUGUGCAGACUGCCUUACCAGAUGAUCUCCAGCCAGGAACUGAUGAUGAGGCAGAGGCCGUGUUAGUAGCCCUUGAGGCCCAGGAGGAUCUUGGCUCUGGAGAGGACCUUCUGGCUGCUGCACCACAGCCAGAACCUGCUCCUGAAGAGCCAGCUCCAGAGGCUCCAACUGCUGCUCCAGCAGAAGUCUCUACUGAAGCCGAGGCUGCUGUUGUGGCAGCGGAGGCAAUAUCCCCAGGGGAGGAAGCUGUACCUGCAGUGGCUGAGGUCAAUGAGGAGACCCCCACUGUUGGUUCUGUUGUAUUGGUGCAGACAGUGGCCCCUUUUGUUGAGGGGGUUGCUGUUGUACUCUCUGAGGCCUCCCCUGAACCCUUUACCCCUGAUGUUCAACCUGUUGUAUCUGAGCCAGCAGAGGCCCUAGUGGUGGUGGAAGAGGCAGCAACUGAGGUCGCUGAGGCCCCUGCAGAAGUGUCUGCUCCUGUGGAGGCAGAGGCUCCACCUGACAAUGCAGCAGCAGAAACUGCUUUAACAACACCAGCUAAAUCCUUAGAACCAGGUGAUAUUUCAGGACCAGCACCAACUGAGGCUGCAGCACCAGGUGAAACUGUAGAACCAGCUGAGGCUUCAGUACCUACUGAAGCUGCAGCACCAGGUGAAGCUGUAGAACCAACUGAGGCUGUGGCACCAGGUGAAGCUGUAGAACCAACUGAGGCUGCAGCACCAGCACCAACUGAGGUUGUAGCACCAGGUGAAGCUGUCGAACCAGCUGAGGCUGCAGCACCAGCACAAACUGAGGCUGCAGCACCAGCACCAACUGAGGAUGCAGCACCAGGUUCAGCUGUCGAACCAACUGAGGUUGCAGCACCAGCACCAACUGAGGCUUCAGCACCAGCACCCACUGAGGCUUCAGCACCAGCACCAACUGAGGCUGCAGCACCAGCAGAAGUGUUAGAACCAGCUGAGGCUGCAUCACCAGCACCAACUGAGGCUUCAGCACCAGCACCAGUUGAGGCUGCAUCACCAGGUGAAGCUUUAGAAGCAACUGAGGCUGCAGCACCAGGUGAAUCCUCAGCUCCUGUAGAGCCUGUAAUAGAUACUGAGAUUGCUGUGGCCACUAUUCCAGAGAUGCCUCCAUUAUCCCCUGUCACAGAUGUAGCAAACACUGAGACUGCUGCUGAAGAAGCCACAGACCCUCCUGCAGCCCUGGCUGAGGCCCCUGCUUUGGCUCCACAAGCUGAAUCUUCUACUGCUGAACCUGUCCACACAGCAGAGGCAGCAGUGCCCCCACCAGCUGUUUCAAAGCUGCCCGCAGAAGUAACGCCUGAAGCUUUACCAGUGACUGUAACCUCUGAGUCCAAGGUGGACAACGCGGCACAGGAUCCUGUGAUUGAAGCCCCCUCAGCACCAGCCCCUGUUGCUGACCCAGCACCAGAAUCUUCAUCCUCAAGAGCCACUCAAGAUACAGAGAGCAAGAAAACCAAAGAAGGUUGAGUUGGUGGAAGAAAUCAACCAAAUAAUGAAAACUCCCAAAAACCUACAUAUUCAAUGUGAACUGGAAGGAACAAAAGACAAAGCGACCAAACAAACACUACAUUUACAGGAUUGUCUCAUCAGCUCUCACCAAACCAAAUGACACCAGAUAAAUUAAUAUGGAAUGUGCCUCAACAACUCCUUUUUCCUGCUUUUGUAAAUAUGAAACCUUCAUGAUGAGUUUUCCUAGUGAGACCUGAAGUGCCUGGAGCCAAGUGUGGGCUUAUGUUUGCAAAUAAUCACAGAUUGACAUUAUGGUGCAAUACAGUGUGAAGUCUGCGAACUCUGCUUUAGCUACAGUGGCUGUAGAGAAUGAUGCUUACAUUAUUUAAAGUAACUGUUUCUGAGGAAUACAAGCCAAACAUCACUGUGAAUGAAAAUAUGCAAAGAGAUUGACGUAACACCAAAGUGUAAUGAUUUUAAAAUACCACAUUUUCAGAUUUUAACUUUUUCUGAAAUGUAAGUUUUCCUUUUGUUUUAAUUUCUGCCUUUCUAAUGAUGAUAAUUUCCUUAAUGCAAUGUCAGUACUAAAUGUUGAGUUGCAGAGUGUACAGAGUAAUAAAACUAAGCACUGGAGUCUAAUCCAUGCAUUCUUAAAAAAUCUUCUUUGAUAUCCCUUUUUAGUUUACAUUGAGAAAGCUUGAAUAAAAGUGUCGUGUAAGGAAAUAAAAAUACAAGCGUGCAUGUACAAAAUGCUGAAUAUGUAAAUGAUCCAGGUAUUGAUAUGUCAUCUUGCCUUUUGUGCAGCUGCACUAUACCUGGCAGAUGUUCAUACAAUUCUCUCAGUGUUUUGAGACCUGGCAACUCUGGUGUACUGUUUUUUUUUUUACUAUUUUUGCUCUUUAUUCAUUUUUGCUCAUAGUGAAUUAAAUGUCUCCCACAGUAAGAGAUCACUUAGUGGACAUUGUAUUCAAGUCCUGCACACUGUGGAGAAGAGUCAAGGUCUUUGUGUUUUUGAGUAUUUGAGUUGCAUAAGAUGUGAAGAACUCUUAUGGGAACAAAAAAGUCUGUUUAGAUAUUGGCUCUCUUCAUCUGUGUCUUCCUCUGUAAUGUAUUCCCUCUCUGAACUGUCUGUGAUUCUGCUAACCUCUUAGUGUACAGAAUAAAGUUUUACUUACUAA